UUUAAUUGUGAUGAUGAAUAAUAUUAUUCUAACUUGGUUAUUAUUUAGCAUUGUUGUAAUUGUACCACCACAAUAUUACAAAUAAGUAAGGUGUGUAAUGCAUAUAGGGAGAGAGACUAAUUUAGCGAUAAAAAAUUCCAACCGGAAACAGCUAAGCAGAAGAGGUGUUUAUUUGGUUUAGUGUAGUGCAAUAAUGUUCGCCUCAUCAUUUUAUAAUACUCUUCACAAUAAUAAAAUAGUAAAUCUAAUGGCUCUUCCAAAGAGAUUUUAUCACACACCUGCAUUUCAUACCUGUCCCAUCAUAUCACAACUUUACUUACUUGCAGUGAGUUUCACAUUGUUAUUAGUUAAAAGUGGAGUAAUUGAGGGGGUAUCUUUCAGAAUUUUUUUCAACAUCCGUCCGAUUCACAAUAGUGUCAUUAUUCCCAUUGUAAAAUACGUGGCAGGUAAUUCAGGCCGCACUAUUUCUAAUCUAUUUCUCCCGCAGUAAUAAAAUCCCAUAUUUUAUUAUUCAGUUUAACAAAUUUAUCAGUGUAGAAAAAAUAUAUUGGUGAAAAAUAGUGGGUGCGUUGCUGCAUGGUGUCGAAAUAUUUACGGCGUGUGAAAAUGCCCAGCGUGUUUUUGUGCAUAGUUUUAUUCUUUCUGUUAGUGGACACUUAUCUGUUUAUGUUUAUCAUGUUAAAGUUUAUCCUGGAAAUGGAGAGCUAAAUAAUCUGGUCAGUGCGUGGUAUCAGAAAUAUAUUUAUUUAUAAUGGAUAUAACCGAAAAAUAUGUUCCGGAGCGAUGAGCCUGCGACAUUUAGUAGUACUUUCCCUCGAGACAAAUAGUGAUCCUGGUCUUUAGUGCGGAAAUAAAUAUCUCACUUUUUCCCUUUCUUCUACAUCAGCUUCGCAUUCUUCUUGCCCAACAUCAAAGUCCGAUACUGACUCCGGUACUGAUUAUACCGAACAUCCCACAAAUCACCGCGUUGGUGUCGUUCCAUUCUCCUCACCCCCGUGGAAUCACUGCCAUCUCGAGAAAUUGGAUCCUUCCUCGCCACCAAAAUCCCGUAGUAGCCGAGACCUUUAAGCCGAUUUUCACCCGGUAUCAAGUUGACUUUUCGGACGGCUUUGGCCAAAUGUGGUUCCUUCCCGAGAGCUGUGUGAUUAUUGUAAAAUUCCUCGAUGAACAAGGUGUCCAAUUUUCUGAGUCGGGAAACCAGUCCUUUUAACAGGGCAGGAGUCACGCCAAAUCCGUCCAGUGAGACGUCCUUUGGCAUCUUUUUCGUGGUCGUCUCGUACUCCUCCAGCAACUUGUUCUUGUCCUGAUCCCCAUAUCCGGAACUAUCCCCACUGCCGCCAUGCUCGAGUAAAUCUGAACCAGGAGGAAAAUUGCUGGUGACAUGAUUACGUCCCGCGUUGUAGCCGAGCAGCUGAAGUUCUAGGACUUUGAGAUUCUUAGCCCCCUCGAGAGCAAAGAGAUCUUCCGUUCGCACAGUGAAACCUUGAACGUGCAGUUUUUCCAACCACUUUGGCAGCGCUUUGAACCUGAUAAGCUCCGGAAAUUUGCUCGACGGUCGAUCCAAGAAGGGGAGCGAGUCGUCGCCUCCCCCCUUCUUCUUGAGACAGACUUCUUUCGUAGAAUUCUUAAAUCUGGAUACAAAUAAUUCCACCAGAUUUGGACACGACUCAAACUCAAAUGCUCCCAAGUCCACGCGAGCUUGUGGCUUUUGCAGCACUGCGUCGGGCAGGAGUCGUCUCAAACGCACAAUUUGGAUGGAAUUCCGGUUGUUCUUAAUGAUCUUUGGGAAGAAGAGCCAAUCCGUGCCUUGGUUCAGGAAGUCGAACAACUCGAGACUUUUCUGACUGGGAAGAAUGACUUCCCAAAAUUUUUGCACUUCCGGCUCCGUGCUGACGACCAACCUUUUCAAGGCGAGGGACUGGAGUUGAGCUUGUUCUUGAGGAUGGAUGAAGACCAACUCGGAUUCUGAGGAGUUCGGGACGAGACUUUCUGCCAUGUGGAGACGAACUGUCAAGUCCACAAUGGUUUUGUGGAUAAUGAGAUAUUUCAAAAUCACUCGGAACGUGGAGCAGUAGUUGGAUGAGGAGGAUUUCUCUCGGGGCAAGGUGUACUCAAUUUGCAGCGUUCGCAAGCAUGGGAAGGACAGGUUGGAGAGGAGGUCGGCGUACAUGUGCCAGGGCGUGGGAGGCAGUGAUGGGGAGGGAGAUUUUCGCUUCUCUUUAGCCCCCAAAUGGAGUGAUUUGACCUUUCUGAGUUUGAAGGGGAUGAGGAAACGGGUGUCGAAUUGGGCAUGGUCGGUGACCUUGAUCCGGGACAGGUGAGGGCAUCGUGCCAUCACUUUUUUGAAGUGGGUAAUGUCCGUGGGCCCACCGAAGGUGACGUCGGUGACGAGGCGGGCGUUGUAGAGGAGGCGGGACAAGUAAUCUUGGGUGUGGUCGGAGCCCCAAAUGCAAAUUUUGGAGGCGGAUGGGGGCAGAGUGGAAGCGAUGUUGCGUUGUUCAAAGAAACGCUCGUCCAAGUCGAUGGCCAGGCCGGCGGAGGUGUCGACCUCGUGCUUGAAGAUUUUGCACACCUGGCGAAUAUUCAUGCGGUCCUUGGGUGCGAGACGGGAGGAGAAGAAUUGGAGAGUAGUUCAUCCAGUCGGAUAACGUGUACUUGUGGAACGCCUUAUUCUGCGGGUUUCCGGAAAUCUUGGCAGGAUUGGACGUCAUUUUAACAAAUUCACAAAAUGUAACCUGGUACUGGUCAAAUACUUAUAAGAUGUGAUUUGUGUGUAUUUAUAAAAGUUAGCUAAUCCAACCAAAUUGUUUUGGAAUGUCAAUAAAGCAAUGAAAAAUUAAUUCGUGAUUUAUGAAAAUAAUAAUAAUUUAUGAAA